CGGAGCACACGGCGGAGCGGCGGUGGCCGCGCUCGGGGGGCGCGCGGCUGCGGCGGCGGCGGCGCGGCGCGUGAGGGGCCGCCUCGGGCCGAGCGGGCGCCGCCAACAUGUCGGAUACCAAGGUAAAAGUUGCCGUCCGCGUCCGGCCCAUGAACCGCCGAGAACUGGAACUGAACACCAAGUGCGUGGUGGAGAUGGAAGGGAAUCAGACGGUCCUGCACCCUCCUCCUUCUAACACCAAACAGGGAGAAAGGAAACCUCCCAAGGUAUUUGCCUUUGAUUAUUGCUUUUGGUCCAUGGAUGAAUCUAACACUACAAAAUAUGCUGGUCAAGAAGUGGUUUUCAAGUGCCUUGGAGAAGGAAUUCUUGAAAAAGCCUUUCAGGGUUAUAAUGCGUGCAUUUUUGCAUAUGGACAGACAGGCUCAGGAAAAUCCUUCUCCAUGAUGGGCAAUGCUGAGCAGCUGGGCCUUAUUCCAAGGCUCUGCUGUGCUUUAUUUAAAAGGAUCUCUCUGGAGCAAAAUGAGUCACAGACUUUUAAAGUCGAAGUAUCCUAUAUGGAAAUUUAUAAUGAAAAAGUUCGGGAUCUUUUAGACCCCAAAGGGAGUAGACAGUCUCUGAAAGUUCGCGAGCAUAAAGUUUUGGGACCGUAUGUAGAUGGUUUAUCCCAACUGGCUGUCACUAGCUUUGAGGAUAUUGAGUCACUGAUGUCUGAGGGAAAUAAGUCUCGGACGGUAGCUGCAACCAACAUGAAUGAAGAAAGUAGCCGCUCCCAUGCCGUGUUCAACAUCAUAAUCACACAGACGCUCUAUGACCUGCAGUCUGGGAACUCAGGAGAGAAAGUCAGUAAGGUCAGCUUGGUAGACCUGGCGGGUAGUGAAAGAGUGUCUAAGACAGGAGCUGCUGGAGAGCGACUGAAAGAAGGCAGCAACAUUAACAAAUCACUUACCACCUUGGGAUUAGUUAUCUCAUCACUGGCUGACCAGGCAGCUGGCAAGGGCAAAAACAAAUUUGUGCCUUAUCGAGAUUCAGUCCUCACUUGGCUUCUUAAGGACAAUUUGGGGGGCAACAGCCAGACCUCCAUGAUAGCCACCAUUAGCCCAGCAGCAGACAACUAUGAAGAGACCCUCUCCACAUUACGAUAUGCCGAUCGAGCCAAAAGGAUCGUUAACCAUGCCAUCGUGAAUGAGGAUCCCAAUGCAAAAGUCAUCCGAGAACUGCGGGAGGAAGUAGAGAAACUGCGAGAGCAGCUCUCGCAGGCUGAGGCUAUGAAGGCCCCUGAACUAAAAGAGAAGCUGGAAGAGUCUGAAAAGCUGAUAAAAGAACUAACAGUGACUUGGGAAGAGAAGCUGAGGAAAACAGAAGAAAUUGCACAGGAGAGGCAACGGCAACUUGAAAGUAUGGGCAUUUCCCUGGAGACAUCUGGUAUCAAGGUGGGAGAUGACAAGUGCUACUUAGUCAACCUGAAUGCAGACCCUGCUCUCAACGAACUUCUAGUUUAUUAUUUAAAGGACCAUACCAGGGUGGGUGCAGAUACCUCCCAGGACAUCCAGCUCUUCGGAAUAGGAAUUCAGCCUGAGCACUGUGAGAUUGACAUUGCAUCCGAUGGAGAUGUCACUCUUACUCCGAAAGAAAAUGCAAGGUCCUGUGUAAAUGGCGCCCUUGUGUGCAGUACUACCCAGCUGUGGCAUGGUGAUAGAAUCCUGUGGGGAAAUAACCACUUUUUUAGAAUUAAUUUACCUAAGAGGAAACGGCGAGAUUGGUUGAAAGACUUGGAGAGAGAAACAGGCCCGCCAGAGCAUGACUUGGAUGCCGCCAGUGAAGCUUCCUCGGAACCAGACUAUAACUAUGAAUUUGCACAGAUGGAAGUUAUCAUGAAAACGCUGAAUAGUAAUGGUGGCUUCCCGAUAAUAAGCCUGUCUGCCUGGUGGUCGUCCCCUUGGUGGUCCUACUUGAAGAUUCUCUUCCCUCUCAUGUGGUUUCAGAUGAAGCUCCUCCACAAACGCUGGGAUAAAGACCCAGUUCAAAAUGUGGUCCAGGUCCUGGAGAAGCAAUACCUAGAAGAGAAGAGGAGUGCCCUUGAGGAGCAGCGGCUCAUGUAUGAGCGGGAGCUGGAGCAACUCCGCCAGCAGCUCUCCCCUGAGAGGCAGCCCCAGAGCAGUGGCCCCGACCGCCUGGCCUACAGCAGCCAGACAGCUCAGCAGAAGGUGACCCAGUGGGCAGAGGAGAGGGAUGAACUCUUCCGUCAGAGCCUGGCCAAACUGCGCGAGCAGCUGGUGAAAGCUAAUACCUUGGUGAGGGAGGCGAACUUCUUAGCUGAGGAAAUGAGCAAACUCACUGACUACCAGGUGACUCUGCAGAUCCCUGCUGCCAACCUCAGUGCCAAUAGGAAGAGAGGAGCAAUAGUGAGUGAGCCAGCAAUUCAAGUGAGGAGGAAAGGAAAGAGCACCCAAGUUUGGACCAUUGAGAAGCUGGAGAAUAAAUUAAUUGAUAUGAGAGACCUUUAUCAAGAAUGGAAGGAAAAAGUUCCUGAGGCAAAGAGACUCUACGGGAAACGAGGUGACCCUUUCUACGAAGCCCAAGAGAAUCACAACCUCAUUGGUGUGGCUAAUGUGUUCUUGGAGUGUCUCUUCUGCGAUGUGAAACUUCAGUACGCAGUCCCCAUCAUCAGCCAGCAGGGGGAGGUUGCAGGGCGCCUCCAUGUGGAAGUGAUGCGUGUUACAGGAGCUGUCCCGGAGCGCAUGGUGGAGGAUGACUCCUCGGAGAACUCCAGUGAAAGUGGGAGCCUUGAAGUCGUAGACAGCAGUGGGGAAAUCAUUCACCGAGUCAAAAAACUGACUUGCCGGGUAAAAAUUAAAGAGGCAACUGGGCUGCCCUUAAACCUCUCAAAUUUUGUCUUCUGUCAAUACACUUUCUGGGACCAGUGUGAGUCUACAGUGGCUGCCCCCGUGGUGGACCCAGAGGUGCCCUCCCCGCAGUCCAAGGAUGCCCAGUACACCGUGACCUUCUCUCACUGUAAGGACUAUGUGGUGAACGUAACAGAAGAAUUCCUGGAGUUCAUUUCAGAUGGAGCAUUGGCGAUUGAAGUGUGGGGCCACCGGUGUGCUGGAAAUGGUAGCUCCAUCUGGGAAGUCGAUUCUCUUCAUGCUAAGACAAGAACAUUGCAUGAUAGGUGGAAUGAAGUAACUCGCAGAAUAGAAAUGUGGAUCUCCAUAUUAGAAUUGAAUGAGUUAGGGGAAUAUGCUGCAGUGGAGCUUCAUCAGGCAAAAGAUGUCAACACAGGAGGCAUCUUUCAACUGAGACAGGGUCAUUCCCGGAGAGUGCAAGUCACAGUAAAACCUGUACAGCAUUCAGGGACACUGCCGCUUAUGGUUGAAGCUAUCUUGUCAGUAUCCAUUGGCUGUGUGACUGCCAGGUCCACCAAGCUCCAAAGAGGGCUGGACAGUUACCAGAGAGAUGAUGAGGAUGGUGAUGAUAUGGAUAGUUAUCAGGAAGAAGACUUAAACUGCGUACGAGAGAGGUGGUCUGAUGCGCUCAUUAAACGACGAGAAUACUUAGAUGAACAGAUUAAAAAAGUCAGCAAUAAAAAAGAGAAAACAGAGGAUGACAUGGAGCGGGAAGCCCGGCUUGUGGAGCAGUGGGUGGGGCUGACGGAGGAAAGGAAUGCUGUGCUGGUGCCAGCACCGGGCAGUGGGAUCCCCGGGGCGCCCGCCGACUGGAUCCCACCACCUGGAAUGGAAACCCACAUACCGGUUCUUUUCCUUGAUUUGAACGCGGAUGACCUCAGUGCCAAUGAGCAGCUCGUGGGCCCGCAUGCGUCAGGCGUGAACUCCAUCCUGCCAAAGGAGCAUGGCAGCCAGUUUUUCUACCUGCCCAUCAUAAAGCAUAGUGAUGAAGAGGUUUCAGCCACAGCCUCCUGGGACUCCUCGGUGCAUGAUUCCAUCCACUUGAAUAGGGUCACCCCACAGAAUGAAAGGAUUUACCUAAUAGUGAAGACCACAGUCCAGCUCAGCCACCCAGCUGCUAUGGAGUUAGUAUUACGAAAACGGAUUGCAGCCAAUAUUUACAACAAACAGAGUUUCACCCAGAGUUUGAAGAGGAGAAUAUCGUUGAAAAAUAUAUUUUAUUCCUGUGGCGUAACCUAUGAAAUAGUAUCCAAUAUACCAAAGGCAACAGAGGAGAUUGAGGACCGGGAAACGCUGGCUCUCAUGGCAGCAAGGAGUGAAAACGAAGGCACGUCGGACGGGGAGACAUACAUUGAGAAGUACACGCGUGGCGUGCUGCAGGUGGAGAACAUUCUGAGCCUUGAACGGCUCCGGCAGGCAGUCACAGUCAAAGAAGCACUUUCCACCAAAGCUCGGCACCUGCGGAGGAGCAUCAGCACGCCAAAUGUCCACAAUGUCUCCUCCAGUCGACCAGACCUUUCUGGCUUUGAUGAAGAUGAUAAGGGUUGGCCAGAGAACCAGUUAGACAUGUCCGACUACAGCUCCAGUUACCAAGAUGUAGCAUGUUAUGGAACUUUACCCAGGGAUUCACCUCGAAGGAGUAAAGAAGGUUGCACAUCAGAGAAUCCUCAUGCCUUAACAGUCAGCCCUUUUAAAGCAUUCUCUCCUCAGCCGCCAAAGUUUUUCAAGCCCCUAUUGCCUGUAAAAGAGGAGCAUAAGAAAAGGAUGGCUCUUGAAGCAAGGCCUCUUCUAAGCCAGGAGAGCAUGCCUCCAUCUCAGGCACAUAACCCUGACUGCAUUGUACCCUCAGGAAGCAAUGGCAGCAGCAUGCCAGUAGAACACAAUAGCAAACGUGAGAAGAAGAUUGACUCUGAGGAGGAGGAAAAUGAUCUGGAAGCUCUUAACAGGAAGCUGAUAAGUUCACAGCCUUAUGUACCUGUGGAGUUUGCCGACUUCAGUGUUUACAAUGCCAGCUUGGAGAACAGGGAGUGGUUUUCUUCUAAAGUAGAUCUGACGAACUCAAGAGUCUUAGAGAAAGAAGUGUCCCGUAGCCCUACCACCAGCAGUAUUACCAGUGGCUACUUUUCCCACAGUGCCUCCAAUGCCACUCUGUCUGACAUGGUGGUCCCUUCUAGUGACAGCUCAGAUCAGCUAGCCCUUCAGACGAAGGAUGCAGACUCCAGUGAGCAUUCCGGACUGUCACAUGUUCAUGAUUUCAGACCGUCCUCAAGCAAAGAGUUGACAGAACUAGAAAGAGGCUUGGUAAAGGAUAAGAUAAUUAUGGUGCCACUCAAGGAAAACAGUGCCUUAGCCAAAGGGAGUCCAUCAUCCCAAAGCAUUCCUGAGAAAAACUCCAAAACGCUCCGUAGGACUGGCUCAUGUUCAGAACAAGAUGUGUUCUCCAGCAAAAAUGGCCAACCAGCAAGAGAAUUCUUCCCCAGGGAAGUGACCAUAGAACACACCACAAACAUCCUUGAGGACCAUUCUUUCACAGAGUUCAUGGGUGUGUCAGAUGGGAAAGAUUUUGACGGUUUGACAGAUUCUUCUACUGGAGAGCUUUCAAGUAGGAGGAACCUACCAAAUAAAACGGACAAUAAGAGUAUGUCAGAUGGGCUGCAGGACCCUGGCCAGCUGCAUUCCUCAGCAGAGAAUGACCAGGUAAUAAUUCCAGAGGCAGUCCUUUGGGUUUUGUGCUAUCAGUGAGCACGCCUAGUUGUACACCAACCCCCAGAGGCCCUUCACCACAGUGACGUGGUAGAAGAGAUUCAUUCAGAUGUUUCUGACAGGGAAGAUGGACCCACUGGGGAGCCAGCUCACGUGCUACCCAGCUGGCUGACUGUGGGGAAGCAAGUCUGCUUGCAUAGUUUGAGUAGGACUAUGCAAUAUAUAGGACCAGUGGCUUUUCUAACUGGCAUAUGGGUUGAUGUUGAAUUAAGCAUUCACUUGGAUAAGAAUCAGUCAAUUGCAGUUCAUUCCCUGAGAUGUUUAAUUACUCGCUAUCUGAAGGUGUUCUGGUAGCAUCUACCAUAUUUCAUCAAAUCUGUGAUUUCUUUGAUUAUUAGAUGCACCAUUAUUUUAUGUAUCAUUCAGAAAAAAUACUUCCAGUUAAACUACAUCACAUCAGCAAUUGUAAGACACAUCCCAAUUUCAGAGAUGUUAAAAUGCGCAGGAAAAAACAUACACCGUAGAAUUGAUAAAAGACAAUCAUUUGGUGCCCAUAAGUAAAAACAUGUUUUGGGGAAAUUCACCAGUUGGUGAAUUCCUGGAGCAAUUGAAAUUUGGGCUUUGGAAGUUACCCAGGUUGAUUUUUUAUAAUGUUUAAUUUUCAUAUUGGAACAAAAUGGAUUUUUGCUAGUAUUCCUAGGGAAAACAGCAAAUUAUCUAAAUAAGAGAUUAUCCACUUCUGAGCGCUCUGCUCCUGAGGACCACCAUUUCUUCCCAUUCAGGGGCACUGUUUUGGUCCCACACCCCAACCGCAGCUGUGUUAGGGGUAUGGGAGUGCCAGGGCUUAGCAAAACAAAGAGCUGACAGAACUAGAAAGCAGCUUGGUGAAGAAGAUCGUCAUGGGGACAUUCAUCUCCUGCUUUGCUGAGGAAGUCACCAUUUCCACCUGGAGGCUUUUCCCCUGGGUUCUCCAUCCUAGCCUUUAAAAUUUCAGUACAUGGUCAUGUAUACAGUGUACUCAUAAAUAAACUGCAAAAACCGAAACAGUGAUCUCUUACAAUAAGAAAAAGACUCCUUUCCCCAACGUGAGAAUAAAGUUACUCAUUACUUUUCUUGCAAACAAAACAUUCAUUUGUUUAAAAGUCUUCACCUUCCUUCACACCGAUCUUCACGCAGACUCUGCAUUGCCGGCUUACAUCAGCUUUUCAGUCCUUCUUCCAAGAAGUCCCAAGACUUGGUCAAGAAGGCCAAGGGUUAAUCCUCCACCCUAGAACAGUGUUUCUCAAACUGAAAUGUGCGAUAGACUCACUGGGGGGUGUUAGGAGAUUUAAAAAUUCAAAUUCCCAGGAGUCACUGCCCUUCACACCUAAGCUUUUACCUCAGUAGGGGGUGGAGCAGGGGAAGAAGCUUUUCACAGCCCCCUCCACUGAGGUAGUACGAAGUGGGGUGUCUGAGGGCUGCACUGGGAGAAACAUGGCCCAGAGAAGAGGAAAGAGGGGCAACAACCCCCCUCGUUUCAUUGCCUGGAUUAUUUAGAACCCAACACACAGGAACAGUACCUGAUUUUUGCUUUCAGAAGGCUCCAGAAUAGCAUGUUGCUUGCCAAACAUCUUGGUUUAAAAGUAGAAUUUAUAAAAAUAUUUGUUGUGUCAGGGUCAUGUGAGAUUAUGGUGAUUUUUUUCUUUUCUUUUAAAUUGUUUUAGUAUUUUUGUUAUAUUGGUUUUAUUAAGUUGUUUUGACAGUGUUAAAGUCUGACAACUUUUUAAGUACUAAAGGUUGACUUUGGUUCUCACCCUGAUAUGAGUUAGAGUGGAGGCCCAGAAAUAACAUUUUUUAACUUUGACCUUGGGUCUUACUAUCAUUGCUUUUCCUAGAAGCUUCACCGUGGGGCUGAGUUUCUCUCUUGUAUGGCAUAAAUUCUAGAACUGGUUUCCAUAAUAAACCAGAUCCUGUGGGUCCCUGUAGGAAGAGCCCCUUGUGUGGGGUGAGCGUGGGGUGGGUGCAGUUUGGCUAGAGGUGGUCCCUGUGGGUGGUAAGGGCAGGUGGGGACAGGAGCUGAAC